AUUUGAUAAACAGCUACUCUUGCGGAGGGAAGACGAGCGACUGGAUAUUUGCAAAUGUAACAGUUUUCCCGUCGUUAUUAAUACGCAUUUUUUUAAAAUCCCGAAUAGAAAUAUCGACAGCCGAAAGUAAUGAUGAUUGUUGAAAAAAAUUACAGGCCGAGAUGUUUCUUUGAUGUAGAAAUGGGCGGUCAGCCUCUUGGAAGAAUUGUAUUUGAACUUUUUUCGGAUGUAUGUCCCAUAACAUGUGAGAAUUUCAGAGCAUUAUGUACAGGAGAGAAAGGAAUUGGGAAGACAACUGGGAAACCUGCUCAUUAUAAAGGUGUGAUUUUUCAUCGUGUAGUGAAGAAUUUCAUGAUUCAAGGAGGAGAUUUUUCAGCUGGAAAUGGAAGCGGAGGAGAGUCAAUAUAUGGAGGAACCUUUAAAGAUGAAAAUUUUGAAUUGAAGCAUGAUCAGCCGUAUUUACUGUCGAUGGCCAACAGAGGAAAAGAUACCAAUGGAUCACAGUUUUUCAUUACAACCCAGCCGGCACCUCAUCUCGACGGAGUCCACGUCGUCUUUGGACGUGUAAUAUCGGGACAAGAAGUAGUAUCGGAAAUAGAAAACCAGAAGACGGAUCAGUCGAGUCGCCCCUACGUUGACGUCAAAAUAGGGAACUGUGGAGAAUUGGUUCUGAAACUCAAACCUAAAGAUAAAAAACGAAAAAAAGAAGAGUCGGGUUCGGCAUCAUCCAACAGUGACACUGACGAUACGUCGGACGAUAAAUCAAAAAAGAAGAGAAAGAAGAAGAAAAAGCAUAAGAAGCAUUCCAAAAAGCAUAAAAAAGAGAAGAAACAUCAAGAGAAGAGCAUUAAGGAAAAUGAGAAAAAAGAUACAGUAGACACAGAAUGCAGCAUUUGUCCUGAAGAAAUUCCAGAGGUACCUGCUAAUAGUUUCCUUUUAAGAAGGUCUCCUCCGAUAGGUGACGGUGAUAGACGAAGUAAUUUUAGGUCUGAUUCGUUUACUUACACGCGACGACCAACAAUUUCAAGAUCUGGAAGGAAGAUUAAAGGGAGAGGAUUUAUGAGAUACAGAACUCCAUCACCUUCCGGAACACGAUCAGGUAGUGAAACCCCACCCCAUUGGAGACAGGCGCAGUCCAGAGUUCGUCCUUUGAAAGAUAUAGUUCCCACUCAUGGAAUUCAAGAUGAAGAAUCUAGAUCUCCGACUCCAGUUGAUCAAGAAGCAGAAGAAAAUAAUCAAGUUGAAACUUUAAAAUCUUAUGUUAGAGAAAAACAACAUGGAGAUAGUGAAGAAAAAAAUGAAAGAACUAAUGGAAGAUACAACUGGAAGGACAAUUUUAGAAGAAAGAGCAGUAGUCCUGAAGGUUAUCCAGCCGAAAAGGAAACUAAACAAAAAUCUCCAGAAACUGUGAAACCUCCAAGACCUCCCAAAAAAUCUAGUGAAACCUCCAGGUAUAAUAAAGAACCUGACGGUAAUAAAGAUAACCAAAUUGGUAGAUCCAGAGAUAGAAAUUCCAGGCGACAUCAUUCCCCAGAUUCUAGAAAAUCUAAAAAUAGAACAGAAACAGACUAUUCUAGCAGAGAUGACAAUAAAUCUAGAAGACGACAGAGUUCUAGAGAAAAGACUUCCAGAUCUGAUAGGAAGAGUUCACCCGAUCAUCAUUCUAGAAGCAAAUCCUACCAUAAAGAUAGUAAGCAUUCUAGCAAAAGUAAUAGAAGGAAAAGUGAAAGAGAGAGCGAUAACAAAUGUUUGGAAAAAGGUAAGACGACGCCCAAAUCAAAGGAGAGACGUGGUCCGAUAUCGUUUGAGUCGGAAGAAGAAGAAGAACUGUUCCAAGCAGAAAAGCACUCCCAAGAACAACCCGAGGCAUCUAAGUCUCCCAUUAUAGCUUCUGAAAUUAAAAGUCCAAAAGUCUCUCCACAAUUGGUUGAUUCCCCCAAAUAUAACGUAGAAGUUCAAGAAACUCAAGAAGAAAAUCAGCCAGAGACAAGCGAACAUUAUGUAAAUAAAGGAAACGACGAAAUAAUGCCAGAGGCCGACGACAAAAAUAAGCCCGAAGAAUGCGAAGAGAAAGCAGAACCUCCUCUUGAAAAUGAUACUAACUUAGAAGUAGAAAAGGAGCAGACUGUAGAAGAAAUACAAAUGGAAAAGGAAGGUAAUGUAGAAGAUAUAUUAAAUUCUGGCAAACCAGAUCGCUAUGGUAAUUCUCCUAUGGAGAUAGAUUCAGAAGGCAUAGUGGAAUCGCCAAAAAAAGAAGAAACCGUCCACCAACCAUUGGAAUUGCUUCUUCCCGAGAAAAUUCCCUUGCCAGAAGAGCAAUGUGCACCUUUGUCUUUGCCUUUGCCCAUCGUUGAACAAGAUGAGAAGAAAGAAGAGAAAAUAGAAAAACCAGAAAGCAGUCAGAUUAAAUCCAAACCAGAGGACCUCAAUAAAGACGAAAAAAAGGAAAAAAAGGAGAAACAGUCGACCGUCGAAAAGAAGAGUCACACUGGCAGACGUCACAGAAGUCGUUCCCGGAGUCGUAGCCAGGAAAAGUCUCCGUCACAAAAAAGUUCUGGUCGUGGCGGGCGGUCUUUCCGGCACAGGUCGCCCGUUCGAAGACGUUCCAGAUCCCGUUCUAGAAGUCAGAGUUAUCGGAAUGUGAGGAGGAGAUCCAGAUCGCCGGACAGGAGCCGCCGCCGCUCCAACAGUCGCAACCGGCCUACCAGAAUCCGACAGCGUUCCAGAAGCAAGAGCAGAUCUCACAGCCGCGACCGAGCUCUCCGCAACAGAGGCUGGAGAAGUCGUCAGGGUUUUGGAUGGCGACGCACCCACUCUCGCUCCAAGUCUCGCUCGCGUUCCAGGUCGGUCCGGAGACGCAGCAGAGACCGUCGAAGACGAAGAAGCAGCAGCAGCAGUCGGAGUAGCAGAAGCAGCAGCAGCAGUAGCAGUCACAGUCGGAAGAAGAGCAAAAGCCACCGACCGAGAAGAGGUUCGACGUCUAGCGGUUCCGCCUCACGCUCUCACAGUUCACGUUCUUCCUCUUAAUUGUUCCUUCGGUUAUUGAGUGUACAGACGAGGACCUUAAUAGAUAGUCUGCACGUCAACAAAACAUUCGUUUAUAUAGAAAGCCAUUUCACAAUCAUUUCUUCACAUGUCUGUCUGUCCCGUAUUUUGACGAUGACUCUGCCAUCACCAUAAAUAAAUUUGGCUGUAAGAAGA